AAAUACUUUUUUUAUUGUAGAUUUCAUGACCUCAAGACAUGAUCUCAAGUUUGAAAUUGUAGAUACCAUUUUAAGAUUCAGCUACAAAUAGGCCCCAGUUCAGAUAUCAGGUGGCUAACUUCCUUGUUCAUUGCCAAGUCCUAGUCCAAUGGAGUCAAGAUUGUUGGAUUUAGACUUGCCUCCUUCGCUUGUCAUGAAAGCGGAGAUUGAAAUUCAAGAGAAACCUGCAUGGCGGGAUGGAGACAUUCAGGCCUUCAAGGACAUGAUCCAGAAAGAAGAUAACCUCAAUGCAUGUCUGGAUGACAGAUUCAUCAUUCGAUUUCUCAGGGCUCGCAAGUAUGACUAUGAUCGUGCACUAAGAAUGCUGAAAACAUACUAUGCAAUGAAGGCUGCCUACCCAACUCUAUUCUCUCAGUUGCAACCCUCUCUCUUGGCAUCGGCUUUGCGUCAGAACAUCUACCAUAUCUUGCCAGAUAAGGAUGAUGAAGGAAGGCAUGUGUUCAUAAUACGGAUGGGUUUAUGGGACCCAAAUAUGAACAGUAUGGAAGAGAUGUUUCGUGCUGCCCUCACUUGCUUGGAAUAUAUUAGCACAGACACUUCAACACAAGUGUGCGGCAUUGUGGCCAUCACAGACUGCAAAGGUCUAGCUUUUCAUCAUGCUAAACAUUUCACCCCUUCUCUUGCCAAGAGAUGUGCUGCAGUUCUCAAGGAUUGCUUCCCUCUGCGGUUCAAGGGAAUUCAUGUUAUGAAUGAGCCCCUCAUAGUUGACAUGCUAUUUUCAAUGCUGAAGCCUUUCCUCAGUGCCAAGAUCUUAUCUCGUUUCCAUUUCCAUGGAGAAAAGCUUGAGAGUCUUCAUCAACAUGUUCCCAAAAGGAUCCUUCCAUUGAACUAUGGUGGGUUGAAGCCACCACUUCCCCUUGAUGGUUCAGAUCUUCUUCAAAAACUCAUGGAUGCUGAGCAAUGGCUUAAUGAUUUGGACAACUAUGGCUACCGGAGCAAAGUGCCUGCAACCAAAGUCCUCAAUUCAGAGAAGGGAAACUUUUUUACAGGGUACUUCUGUCUCCAAGGCUGGUAGUGGCAGUUUUAGCUGUCUACUGUGUUUGUGAUACUCAGAGCUGGGUCGCACCGGAAGAACCCUUCCCCCUUGAGCCCAAUAUGCAGUUUAUAUCAUUUCCAUUGGUAUCCUGAUCUUUUCUUUUUGUAAGCAUCUCUAUUUUCUUCCUUUGUGAUAAGUAAUGACCUUAGUCUUGUCAUGGAUAUAUUGAGAGCUUUAUUUUGGGACUUAUCCCUGUUUGGCUAUUAUCAUCUAUUAAUUAAGCAAGAAGUAUGAUACAUGUGGUACUGAUACAUUAUGUUUUACAUCACCGGUGUCUGCCUCAGAUGUACUAGUACUUCCUAUUCUCAUUCCAAUGCUGUUGGAGAGUCUUAUCCUGCCAAUCUCAUUUGAAUGUUUCUCUGAGUGGGUGCAGUUAAGUAGUAAUAAUAUUGUAGGAAGUGGCUGAAAUUGUGUUACUGAGUGAGGUUACCAUAUUGCACCCUUUGGAUAGAAAAAAAAAAUUUAUAAGAAGUGUCUGUGAUGUAAUUUGCUGCUCACUUGCCAUGUAAGUACUGGUAAGUGCAAUAUUGUUUCUAUUGGAAAACAGAUGCUGCUUUGUACCUGACCCUAAACUACAAUUCUGAUUUAAUGACUCAUGGAUAUUGCCAAUUUUUUAUCAGGUCUUGAUUGCGAUGUGAAGAUUUACAUAGAAUAAAGUGUAUGUCUAAUGUCUUUAGAUAAAGCUUCUCUGAGUCCCGUGCCCUAAAUUACUUUUGCAUGAAAUCACUGCAUAUCUUUUUCGUUUUUACUUUUGCUUUUCUUUACCAAUUUGCAAUUCUCUUGAUUGACUCCAUGUCCAUGUCUAUGUCCUUGCUUUUGCACGUUCCACGAAAUGCUUGCUCGUAUCCUCAACGGCAGGAAAUGUGUGAUGGCACCAGGGACGUCACCAUCUCCUAGGAUUUAAGUUGUAUUCUGUGAUGUUUUUUAUAUUUUUACAUGAUAUGUGUUCAGCAGUGAAUUAAGCUUAAUAUACUGGAGACCUUCCAUGAUUACAUUCUUACAAAUAAAGAACUUGGUCAUUCCCUGCAAAAA